AUGGCAGUUAUUCUAAUUUAUCCUGCCAUAGCUGCCCUCGCUAUGUUCAUUGUUGGAGUCAUUAUCAUAAUGUUGCGCUUUGGGCCACAACUAUGUCAUCUUCGUCAUCAUGCUCUUCCGGAUGACCAUAAUGAAUGGCGCAGUGCUGAUGACCGCGUUUGGCGUGGUGAAGCUUACGAUCAUGAAAUAAGUUUAGCAUAAGAUUAAAUACGAUAUAAGAGAA